CACCUCCUACUCCUGGCCUCCCCCGGCGCAGCGCACUCCCCGCCGGCCCGCAGCCUGACACGCAGCGCGGUCCCUCAGUCUCCCGCGGUCGCCUCCCCAGGCAUGGCACAGGGCCUCGCCGCACUAUGGCAGCAGCAAGGCACAGCACGCUCGACUUCACGCUCGGCGCCAAAGCUGACGGUGAGGCCAUUCUGAAAGGCCUUCAGUCCAUUUUUCAGGAGCAGGGGAUGACAGAGUCAGUGCACACCUGGCAGGACCAUGGCUAUUUAGCAACCUACACGAACAAAAACGGCAGCUUUGCCAAUUUGAGGAUUUAUCCCCAUGGAUUGGUGCUGCUGGAUCUUCAGAGUUACGACACUGACACACAAGGCAAACAAGAAACCGACAGGCUUUUGAACAAAAUAGAAGAAAAAAUGAAAGAACUGAGUCAGGACAGUACUGGGCGGGUGAAGCGUUUACCACCCAUAGUUCGAGGAGGGGCCAUUGACAGAUACUGGCCUACUGCUGAUGGGCGCCUGGUUGAGUACGACAUAGAUGAAGUGGUGUAUGAUGAAGAUUCACCUUAUCAGAACAUUAAAAUCCUACACUCAAAGCAGUUUGGAAAUAUUCUCAUCCUCAGUGGUGAUGUUAAUUUGGCAGAGAGUGAUGUGGCAUAUACUCGAGCCAUCAUGGGCAGUGGUAAAGAAGAUUACACUGGCAAAGAUGUGCUGAUCCUGGGAGGUGGAGAUGGGGGCAUAUUAUGUGAAAUUGUGAAACUGAAACCAAAGAUGGUCACUAUGGUAGAGAUUGACCAAAUGGUGAUUGACGGAUGUAAGAAAUUCAUGCGAAGAACAUGUGGAGAUGUCUUAGACAAUCUUAAAGGAGACUGCUAUCAGGUCCUCAUAGAAGACUGUAUUCCAGUACUGAAGAGGUACGCCAAAGAAGGGAGAGAGUUCGAUUAUGUGAUUAAUGAUUUGACAGCUGUCCCGAUCUCUACAUCUCCAGAAGAAGAUUCCACAUGGGAGUUUCUCAGACUGAUUCUUGACCUGUCAAUGAAAGUUCUGAAACAGGAUGGGAAAUACUUCACACAGGGGAAUUGUGUCAAUUUGACUGAAGCCCUGUCACUCUAUGAAGAACAGCUGGGGCGCCUGUAUUGUCCUGUGGAAUUCUCAAAAGAGAUUGUCUGUGUCCCUUCAUACUUGGAAUUGUGGGUAUUUUACACUGUUUGGAAGAAAGCUAAGCCUUAAAGAUGAGCAUCCCCUGAAUGUCGUGUGCUGCAAGCCGCCUUCCUGACUUCCAUUUGCUCUGUAUGUCAUCAACCAAGUCAGGCAACUGGUCAUAAAUUCCUUCAAGUGUUUUUUUGUUUGUUUUUAAUUAUUAUUUUUAAUUUAAAAAAGCCAAUGGGAAAAAUGUAUAUUUUGACGACUAGGGUGUUAAUUUUUGAAAGUCAUCCGAAGGACAAUUAGACAGCCCAGUGAAGACUGCGGAAUGCACUGACCCCCUAGAAUGUGACUUUAGGAUCUAUCUUUUUUUCUCUGUGUGGGGUUUGGGUUUUAGUUUUGGCUUCAGUAGACUUUAACUUGGACAUGUGGAGGAAUGAACAUCAUUGUUUGUUCUGGAGAGAAGUUCCUGAUAGUGUUUCUCCCCCCCCACCCCCAAAUUGACUUAGAUUUUAAAAUUUGGUGCUUUCAAAAGACAUGAUUAGCAGUGCUUCAAUUAAAAUUACAAAA